AUGAGCAAUAAUCAACAAGUUCAGCAUCUUCUCCAAACAAUCUCUCGCUCACAAUCCACCCCCCAAGACUUCCAGCAAGCACAACAGCCAUCAGACGUGAUGGUCGCUUUUCAAGAUUCACAGCAACCAGAUGCCGCUGUUAUCCUUGUACGACUAACCAUCCCUCCUCAAGGUUUUCAAGAAACACAAUAUCGAGAAGUCGAAGUCGUAUUAGUCGUUGUUUUUCAAUCUCCACAGCAACAAACCACCACAGAUAUUCCUGCAGAACCGGUCGCCCCCUUGCCAGACCCUGUUCAAGAAGAACAGUAUGAUGUUAACCAAGGGUCGACAUUCUCAUCCGAUUCUAUGCAAGUACAAACCACCCCGGUGAAUCUCAGCGAAAUGAUGCUACACGGCAACAUUAUCCCACCAGCAUUACGCGAUCCAGUAGAAAUAAACAAUCGGUUUAAUAUUAGUGAAAGAACCAUGAACGCCAGAACUUUAAUGGAAUUAAAUGUUAUUUGUGAAGUAGAGAGAAUAAUAACUAUGAAUGCCAGAACUUUAAUGGAAUUGAAUGUUAUUUGUGAAGUAGAGAGAAUAAUUCCAAAGGAAAUUGUUGUAAAUAAUAUCCAUAUAAUCAAAAGGGUGGCCGAUACAAUAUGGAAUGAAGCUUCCUCUGACAAUGAGGAUUUGGAAAUGUUAUUCGAAUGCAUUGAUUAA